AUGAACUACCUCUUGCUAACUCGAGAUUCCUUGGACAUUGGCUCCAUAACAGAUUUAGCAGCCUCUGAUGCCUGUUACACUACCUCAUUAUUUGUUGGCACUACCCGCAGUUCAUUAGGAGGUAAAAAGUUAAUAUCUCUGGAAUUUGGAGCCUGUGAAUCAAUGGCCGAAAGAGAAAUGGAAAAUAUUUGUGGAGAAUUACGAUUUCGUUGGUCAGAUCUUUGUAAUAUUGUUAUAUAUCACCGUAUUGGUCCAGUACCGAUAGGUGAGGCCAAUGUUGUUAUUGGCAUAUCAUCGACACACACCAAAUCCUCCUUAGAUGCCAUUGCAGUGGUAAUUGACGAACUUAAGAAACGUGUACCAAUAUGGAGAAAAGAAAAAUAUGAGGGAGACGAAUUUACCAUGUGCGUGGAAUCUACCGAGGCAGAGACAUUCGAUGAAAAGCUAUGCGACAUACAACAAGAACACUCCCUACCAUCGAAAUUUGUACAAAUUUCAGCAAGUGAAACUGAAAUAAAUCGACGAAUACAAAGUUUUAUCGAACGAAAAAGAGAAGAAAUCGAUAUCAAUAAUAUUGUAGACUAUAUAAAUCCUAACUACACGGCUGAAAAACAAAACGAUGAUGAAGAAGAGUCGUCAUCAUCAUCAUCGUGUGCCCGCAUUGCUGGUACCAUAAUAAAACAGGAAAAUUCGAAAUGCCACUUAAAAGUUCGUCAAAUUGAAAAUAAAAUUGGACCACAAGUACGACAGGACUAUUUAGAAACAUUAGAUACGCUAAUGGAAUCCGACUUGGAACCGAAAAUCAAAAAAGAAAAGAAGGAAAUAAAGACUACAGCCCCUAUAAAACAUGCCUUACUAGAGAGAACGCGUGAUAUCGAGGAACAUUUGAAUUUAAAUAAUACACAACAGAAAAGUAUUCAUCAGCGUUUGAAAAACAUUGAAGAUCGUAUAUUAUUUUUAGAGUCAAUAUCACCGGAAUAUUGUCAUAAUUUAUUUGAUAAAUCGGUAAAUAAUAAUAAUAAUGGGAAUACUUCUAUAAGUUCCAUGGAGAACUACAAUGCAAUAAAUGAUCCUUCAACAAAGCCUACAUCAAGUAAUGCUAGGAAGGCGUGUCGUAAAGUAUAUGCUAUCGACGAUAUAGAUCGUAUAAUUCAAGCUGAAUUGCAGCAUAUCUAG